AUGGCAAGCAACGGCCAAACCAACUCCGCGCCCUAUUCGCCCGUUCUCGAGACGAGCCGCAUCUUCUCCGAGCUCUGUGAGCAGUCAGAGCGUCUUAGUUUGCCGUCAGAGGUGCUCGCCAACAAAGACCGAGUUUCUUUCUCGUCCAGCCACAAUGAGAUCUAUUUCCCUAUUCCGUUCAAGGAGACGGAGACUCUCGCAGCAUUGAAGGGGAUUGAAGGCUCUGUGGCCGCGGCACUCGCGGAUCUGCGGUUUGGUCCGGGGGCGCAACCACGCGGUGUGCAGGUGAGCCUCGAGGGCGCUACUGCUUUCGGUUGCCAGGCAUACAUGGCGAAGAUCGACGGACUGUCGAAGCUGGAUCCCAAUGUGAAGUCUAAACUGAAAGAUACCGAUCUGCUGGCUGCUCAAUCAAAUGGCUAUCGCCGCAUGUCCGCCAAUUUGUACAAGACUAAGACUCCUGGAGAGUUCUAUCACAUCCACGGCUCAUUGGAAGCAACUACGACUCUCAACAUGAUUGGACUCGAGGGCCACCGGCCGGAUUUGACUGAUUACGAAGAUAUCAUCAAAGUCAUUGAGGACCGAGUCCAGAAAUACACAGUUCCCGAGCUGGAGGUAAUGAACAAGGAGAGGCGGCAAGCCGGUGUCCCAGCACUGAAGUAUGAGGACUUUAUCAAAACACCCCAUGGAAAAUUGAACGUUCAAGAACCCGCCUGGAAGGUCACGCAACUUCCUGGAAGCCUGCCUCCAACUCCCUUCCCUGCCAACCGCCCCGGCAGCAAGAAGAUCCUCGAGGGCGUUAAAGUCUUGGAAAUGUGCCGUAUCAUUGCCGGCCCGACGGUUACGCGCAUUCUGGCCGAGUAUGGUGCCGAUGUGCUGAAGAUUACUAGCCCGAAUCUGUCCGACGUGCCCUUCUUCCAGGUCGACGGCAAUAUGGGUAAGCACGCAGCUGAUUUGGACUUGAAGACUGAAGCUGGACGGCAAGAGUUUGAGAAGUUGCUGGCCGACGUUGAUGUCAUUGUUGAUGGCUACCGGCCCGGCGCGCUGGAGAAGCUCGGCUAUGGCCCGCAAGCCAUGGCUGCCCUGGCUGAGAAGCGUGGCAAGGGCAUUGUCUACGUGAAUGAGAACUGCUUUGGUUAUGAGGGCGAGUGGGCCAACCGAGCUGGAUGGCAGCAAAUUGCCGACUGUGUGACCGGUAUCGCUUGGGCUCAAGGCCAGUUCAUGGGUCUCUCGACCCCCGUCGUACCUCCGUUCCCCAUCUCAGAUUACGGCACGGGCUGCAUGGGCGCCAUCGCCGCUCUAUCCGGUCUUUACCACCGUGCCAAGAACGGCGGUUCCUACCACGGCAAGGCCUCGCUGAUGCACUACGAUCUUCUUCUCUUCGCCAUGGGUCAAUACCCUGCCGAUGUGCAAGAAAAGUUGCGCGCCGCGCAACCUGCCGAGUUCUUCAAGCUGCGGCACUGCGAUAGCGUAGAUCGUAUCUCGUCCACCGUCCUCAAGGGCAUGCAGGUGCGAUUCCCGCACCUGUAUACUCCGGCUGGCGCUAGCUCGGAAGAGGGACGUCAAGCGUUGACAGAGAAAUGGUUCUCCAAGGCCUACAACAUGGACAUCGAAGUUGUGCGGCCGGUUGCGGUUGUGGAAGGGGUCGAGAACCAGUUCAUACGGGCGAGUCGUCCAAAUGGCACGGAUUUGGCUUCAUGGAAUGAUUUUAAGGAGGAUGGAGAGGGAGAUGCUAAGAAGUGUUGA